AUGACCAAGCCUGGACGGCGAAAGCUCGAUAAGCAAACAUGGCUGUGGACGGACCAUUUCAGAGAUAAAGUCCGUGAGAAGAAAAAGCAGUACCACGCAUUUCUUAUCGAAAAGACAGCUGACAACUGGCAACGCUAUCAGAUAGCAAAGGAAGAGGCGAAGAAGGCCGUUGCUUCUGAUAGUGCAGCUCAUUAUGCCGUUCUCAAUAAGGAACUCGAAUCUCGCGUUAACCGACUCGCAAAGACACGCAAAAGCAAGACCCAGGAUAUGUAA